GCAUUGAACAAUGGAGAUGAAUAACUCUAAACAGCUUGAUAUGAAAGUAAACGGAGAUUUAAACGGGCAAAAUGGUGCUUUAAGACUUCAAGUUGUUAACAUCAGUGGAACAAAGUUUCACAUGUUAGAUGAGUUAUGGGUAAAAAUUAAAAAGAAAAUACCACGCAAAUUUCAAGGUGAAAUGCAUGCUUUUGAAGAUGAAGUGUUUGUUGCCAGGGAUCACCGUGCAUUCCAGGCAAUACUGAACGAGCAACUUGGCAGUGAGCUUCAUAUGCCGAGUGAUAUGUGUCCAUCAGUUUUCCGGAAAGAACUUGAAUAUUGGGGAAUUGAAGAAACAGAUUUGGCAAAAUGUUGUUUUGUGAAGUAUAUGGCAUAUUUUGAAGAUCAAGACGCAUUAAAGAUUCUGGAGGAGGACGAGAAACAAAAGACAACAGACAGGAUGAGACUGGAAAGUAUGAGUCACCAGCACGGCUGGCGGGGCUUUCAGGCAAAAAUAUGGCUUAUCUUGAAUGAACCAUAUCAUUCUAAUUAUUCCAAGGUAUACUUCAUACUUCAUGUGCUGCUAAUUACAAUUUCACUAUUUGCGCUAGUAGCGGGAACACAUCAUUCCUUCCAGCGACCUCUUAAUAUUAAUGAAUGGAAACUUUAUUUUGGAAACGAUUGGGACGACUAUAAACAUCAUUUUUAUGAUGCAGAUGUUUCUUCCUCCGAUUCUCAAGCAGACGUUGAAUCAUCGGCUGAACCGGAAGUUGAAUCGGAAGCGGAACCGGAAGUAAAUGCAGAAUCAGAAGCUGAAACGGAAUCGCAAUCUAAUAGUUCUACCUCGGCAUACGUUCAAACUACGCCAGAGCCAUCUGAAAUGUCCACGACUGAGCUGUCGACGGAUCCUGAGCCAUGUGACGAAGAAGUACAAGCAGAAGAUGAUUCAGAAUCAUUGCCCUUACCAGAAAACACUCGUGCACGAUUUUUAUUCUUAGAUAUCAUCGAAUUUUUCAGUAUAGCAUGUUUCACAAUAGACCUUAUUGUAAGGCUGGUAAUUUGUCCUUUCAAAUAUAAACUUCUGUUUUCAUUUUUACAUUGGGUUGAUGUGUUUGCACUUGCAGUGAUGUAUGCUAAAUAUAUUGUUGAAGCAAUUUAUCCAAAGGAGAAGUACGAAGCAUCCGUUCUAGAUAUUCUACAUUGUUUACAAGUGGUUAGAAUACUUCAAAUGUUUAGACUUGUACAGAAUUCAGUGGGUUUUCGAGUGCUACUCUAUGCUUUCAAGGCAAGCUUCACUGAACUUAUGCAUAUGUCUCUUUUUCUUUUCGUUGCUAUGUUGUUGUUUUCUACCUUAAUAUAUUUUUCCGGUGACUUAAACUUUCCUAAUAUUCCUGACGCAUUUUGGUGGUCGCUGAUCACCAUGACUACGGUUGGCUACGGUGACAUGGUUCCCAAGCAACCACUCUCAAGAUUUAUUGGUGUUUUAUGCGCAAUCACAGGUGUUUGUGUGAUUGCAGUAAUUAUUCCAAUAUUUGUCAACAAUUUUAUGCUAUUCUACACAUACUCAAAAGUUUGGGGGAGAAAGAACGAUCACUCGAAUCGUAAAAUAAAAGUAACCCAAGUUGCUGCAGCAGACACACCUUCAUCGUAUACUGACAGAAUGUAUUAGGUAUUUAUAAACUGAUAAAACGAACAAGUUGGUGAAGCUAUAAUCGAAUGUUCUCCCAAAAAUUCUUGUCAGCGAAACCAUAAGAAAGCAUAACUGAUUUCUUUUUCGAUCGACUAAUUUUGGAACAUAUAGACAUUCGCUCAGUUUUACUGAU